GCAGGCUAUGAACAAGAUUCAGAUUCUAAAUCUAGAAGGAAGAAGAAAGUGGCCCAUAAAGUUCCAUACUACAAGCUUUUCUCCUUCGCUGAUCCUGUUGACUAUGUCUUAAUGGUGGUAGGUACAAUCACAGCAGUUGGAAGUGGGAUUUCCAUGCCCCUUAUGACAGUGCUAUUGGGUGAGAUAAUCAACUCCUUUGGCAAGACACUGGACAGAAAACAAGUCGUACAUGAAGUUUCUAAGGUAUCUUUAAAGUAUGUAUACUUGGCUCUGGGAUCUGGAGUUGCAUCGUUUUCUCAGAUAGCUUGUUGGACAGUCACAGGAGAGAGGCAGGCCGGUAGAAUAAGAAGUUUAUACCUGCGAGCUUUAUUAAUGCAAGAUGUUGCAUUUUUUGACAAAGAAACCAGUACUGGAGAAAUUAUUGAGAGGAUAUCAGUUGAUACUAUUACUAUUCAAGAUGCCAUUAGUGAAAAGGUUGGAAGAUUCAUACAGUUGUCAGCUUCCAUUUUAGGAGCUUUUGUUAUAGCUUUUAUUAAGGGGUGGCUACUCUCCUUGGUCUUGUCGUCUUCAAUUCCGCUACUUGUCCUGACUGCUUCUACAAUGACUAUGAUACUGGCAAAGCGGGCAUCUCGGGGACAAGCAGCCUAUUCAGUUGCAGCAACAGUGGUCGAACAAACUCUAGGCUCAAUUAGAACAGUUGCAUCUUUUACUGGGGAGAAGCAAGCUAUUGCCGAAUAUGACAAAUCCCUGGAUAAAGCUUACAAAUCAGGAGUGCGAGAGGGCUUGGCAGCUGGUUUGGGACGUGGUACCCUUGCGUUUGUUUACUACUGCAGUUAUGGUUUAGCGUUAUGGUUUGGAGCCAAAAUGAUCUUAGAGAAGCACUAUACCGGAGGAGAUGUCCUCAAUGUAACAAUUGCCCUAUUAACUGGAUCCUUUUCCAUUGGACAAGCAUCCCCUUGCUUGAGUGCAUUUGCAUAUGGACAAGCUGCAGGAUUUAAAAUGUUUCAGGUAAUGAAUAGAAAGCCAGUUAUAAGCCCUUCCAAUUUGGGUGGACUAAAAUUGGAUAAUGUGGCUGGCAAUAUAGAACUGAAGGAUGUCUAUUUCAGCUAUCCAACAAGGGUACAUGAACAGAUAUUUAAUGGAUUUUCUCUCUUCGUACCAAGUGGAACAACUACAGCAUUGGUUGGACGAAGUGGAAGCGGAAAAUCAACGGUUCUCAGCCUUAUCGAGAGAUUCUAUGAUCCACAAGCAGGUCAAGUCUUGAUAGAUGGUAUCAACAUCAAAGAGUUUCAACUUAAGUGGAUCAGAAGCAAAAUUGGUCUCGUCAGCCAGGAGCCUAUAUUGUUUGCCUCGAGCAUUAGGGAUAAUAUUGCAUACGGCAAGGAGAACACGAGCCUUGAUGAAAUACAAAUUGCAGCCCAACACGCCAAUGCUACUAAAUUCAUCGACAACUUACCUCAGGGACUAGAUACGAUUGUUGGUAUGCAUGGAAUUCAGAUGUCAGGGGGACAAAAGCAGAGAAUUGCCAUAGCAAGAGCAAUUCUGAAAGACCCUAGCAUUCUACUUCUGGACGAAGCUACAAGUGCUCUUGAUGCAGAAUCUGAACGGAUUGUGCAGAAAGCUCUGGAUGGAAUUAUGGUCAACCGGACGACAGUUAUUGUAGCACAUCGUCUGAGCACAGUGAAAAAUGCAGACAAAAUUGCUGUCAUUGAUCAAGGAAAGAUUGUUGAAAAAGGUCCACAUAGUGAGCUACUACAAGAUCCUGAAGGAGCAUAUUCCCAGCUUGUACGGUUACAACAGCCUAGUAAAGGAUCAGAUGACUAUAUUUUGGAUAAUCAUCAUGAUGGACCAGAGAUUAAAGCAGAUUCUGGAAGACAUUCGAGCCAAAGAAUUUCCUCCUUAAAAUCCAUAAGCCGAUGCUCAUCCGAAACAGGUAACAGUAGCCGUCACUCGUUAUCUGUAUCAACUGGUCUGCCUACCGUUGUCAGGAUGCUAGAAGCAGGAUCGGGAGAAUCCCAAGAAUCAGCUUCCAUGCCAUCAAAAAAAGACCAACAAAGUCCACUUUACCGCUUGGCCUAUCUUAACAAACUCGAAAUUCCACAAUUAUUGCUUGGUUCCUUAGCAGCUGUUGUUACUGGAGCACUUUUACCAAUUUUUGGGGUAAUUCUCUCAAAAGCAAUCAAGACCUUCUAUGAGCCUGCUCAUGAGCUUCAGCAGAAAUCAAGAUUGUGGGCAUUAUUGGUAGUAGUUCUUGGGUUGUCUUAUUUGUUGGCAACACCAUUAAGAGCGUAUUGUUUUGCUGUGGCAGGAUGUAAGCUGAUUAGAUGCAUUCGGUUGAAAUGCUUUGAAAAAAUAGUUCAUAUGGAUAUAAGUUGGUUUGAUAGGCAGGACAACUCAAGUGGUAGAAUUAGUUCCCGGCUUUCGAUUGAUGCAGCAUCUGUGAGGAGUCUAGUUGGCGAAUCGCUUUCUAUGCUUGUUCAGAAUAGUGCCACCGCUUUUGCUGGAUUGAUUAUUGGUUUUGGAGCAAGCUGGAGGUUAUCCCUCAUAGUAACAUUCAUGUUACCACUCAUUACCAUUAAUGGAUACAUGAAUUUAAAAUUUUUAAGUGGAUUCAAUGCGGAUGCAAAGAAGUUGUACGAGGAAGCCACUCAAGUAGCCAGUGAUGCAGUUGGAAGCAUUAGGACAGUUGCUUCCUUUUCUGCAGAGGAUAACGUGAUUCUAUUGUAUGAGAAGAAAUGUAAAGGCCCGGUGACAAAAGGAAUAAAACAAGGAUUAUAUAGUGGUGUAGGAUAUGGUUUGUCCAUGUUCUUCUUGUAUGCAGUUUAUGCAACCACUUUCUAUGCCGGAGCUCGACUUAUUAAAGCUGGCAAGAUAACCUUUGGUGAUGUUUUUCAGGUCUUUUAUGGCUUGAGCAUGGCAGCAAUUGGCAUAUCUCAAUCAAGCGCCCUUAGUCCAGACGCUAGCAAAGCAAGAAGUGGAGCUGCUUCUAUCAUUGCACUUCUUGACCUGAAUUCGCCCAUAGACUCGAGCAAAACCUCGGGAAUUAUAUUGGACAAUGUUAAGGGAGAUAUAGCAUUUCAGAAUGUCAGCUUCAGAUAUCCAAGUAGACCUGAUGUUCAGAUUUUUAAAGAUCUUUGUUUGGCUGUCGAGUCCUGCAAGACACUAGCUCUGGUCGGAGAAAGUGGGAGUGGAAAAUCUACCGUCAUUUCGUUACUGCAAAGAUUUUAUGAUCCUGAUUCUGGUGAAAUCACACUAGACGGAGUGGAACUGAGAAAUCUGAAUUUGAAAUGGUUAAGGCAGCAGAUGGGAUUAGUGAGUCAAGAGCCUGUUUUAUUCAAUGGCACAAUUCGUGCUAACAUCGCAUAUGGCAAAGAAGGCAGUGCCACUGAGGCUGAAAUUAUAUCUGCAGCAGAAAAAGCAAAUGCUCACCAAUUUAUCAGCGGUUUGCAACAGGGCUACGACACACUCGUCGGUGAAAGAGGAAUACAAUUAUCAGGUGGACAGAAGCAAAGAGUGGCGAUUGCCCGAGCAAUUAUAAAGUCCCCCAAGAUCUUACUUCUUGAUGAGGCCACUAGUGCUCUUGAUGCUGAAUCUGAGAAGGUAGUUCAAGAUGCAUUGGUUCAAGCUAUGGUUGGGAAAACCACAAUAGUGGUGGCUCAUAGGCUUUCCACAAUUAGGGGCGCAGACUUGAUUGCAGUUGUUAAAAAUGGAGUGAUUCAAGAGAAAGGAAACCAUGAAAGCUUGAUUAGUAUGAAGGAUGGCAUGUAUGCUUCUCUUAUGGAACAAUAUUCUAGUGCUACAUCAAUAUAA